AUGGCUGUUCUCUUCUUCUUACUUGCCAUCGUCGGCUGUGUUUUGGCCAGACCUUCCAGCGAAAAUGUGAAGCCAGUUGAAGUUACUAUCUACUAUGAGGCAUUAUGCCCGGAUUGUCAAGAUUUUAUUCCAGACCAGUUGCUUCCAGCUUAUACUGACACCAAAUUUGAUUUUGCUUCUCUAAUUUCAAAACUCACAUUGGUUCCUUAUGGUUGGGUAGAUGUUAUAAAUGCGACAACUCAUGAUUACCAAUGCCAGCAUGGUCAAUCCGAAUGUGAAGGAAACAGGCUACAUUCGUGUGCCACCAAGUAUAUCCCCGACGUACUAACUACAUUGAAUUACAUCGCAUGCUUAGAAAAACAGGCGAUCAUGGCUUACAAACUUAGUAGAUCUUCUAAAUAUCCCAUUGAUAAGUGCCAAAAUAAACUCCCAGCUGGUCUCUACCCAAAAAUAAUCAAUUGUUAUAAAUCAGAUGAAGGAUGGGAAUUAUUCGAGAAAAAUGGAAAGAAAACAGUUGCAUUUUUUCCAUAUGGUGGCUUCGUUCCUUAUGUCUCCUUCAAUGAUGGACAUGAUGACGAUCUAGCUCAAGAUGCAGUGGACAACUUCAAGAAGACACUUUGCGAAAUUACUGGUGUUGUUGACGAAGCGUGUUCUUCAUGA